AUGCAAGCUAAAAAAAGCCAAGCUCCAGCUCCCCAAGGGCAAGUCAAAGCUCCAGCUCCCCAAAGGCAAGCCCAAGCUCCAGCUCCCCAACCCCAACCCCAACUAGUGGCAGCAACUAGGGGUGGUAGAGGUAGAGGGAGAAUGAGAGGCUUAGGAAGAUCAUCAUCUCAACCUCAAGCCCAAGCCCAAGCCCCAGUCCAAGUCAAAGCCCAAGGCCAAACUGAAGCCUUUUUUGCAAAUAUCCAAGCAAGGGCAGUGGCAGCAACUAGGGGUGGUACAAGUAGAGGGAGAAUGAAAGUCUUAGGAAGAUCAUCAUCUCAACCUCAACCUCAUGCAUUACCUCCAAAUAUCCAAGGAAGUGCACCAAUUUGA